CGUAGUAAAUCAAAAAGCCCAAACAGGCCCAGACCGGAACCUAAAACCCCUAACCUCAACUCCGCUGACGCGCCUUUCUUCUGCUCCACGCGCUUCCCGCUCCAGAUCCGCGCCGGUUCCGGAUCCUCGCAUUUGCCCGAAUCCGGAACCGUGUUACCUAUCAAGAUUCAUAGGGACGAAGAGAGUGGGAAGAUUCUGAAUUUGGUGUUUGUUUGGGCUGAGGAUGGAAUGAAAUUGAAGGUGGAUGUGCCUGUUGUUUUCAAAGGGGAAGAUGCCUGUCCUGGUGUUCAGAAAGGAGGAAUUUUGAAUAAGAUCAGACCUAGUCUAAGAUUUCUUUGUCCAUCUGAGCACAUUCCUUCAAAUAUUGCUGUGGAUGUGAGCAAUCUAGAUAUUGAAGAUAGAAUAUUCAUGCGCGAUAUCGAGGUUCAUCCAUCUUUGAAGCUUCUCAGUAAGAAUGAAAACAUGCCCGUAUGUAAAAUAGUUCCAACAAGUUUGGGAAACAAAGAACCUAUUGAGGCGUGAUCACUGAAACAACAUGCCAGAUUCGAAAAAAGAACGUUCAUUUGGGAAAAAUGCAGAGGCAGACAUGCAAUUUCCAAAUAAGCAGGGCUAACACCUUAAUUUGGUGAUCUUUUGUAGCAUUAAUGAGUACAGCACCUAAAAUGUUACCAGCUGUUUUUUGUGUUAAGACUUUAAUUGACUUUCAAUAUAGGUGAUUGUUGAUUUUUAAUGGAUUAUUGAUUUCAUUGCA